UUGGCUUCCUUCUACACGCGUCAGGUUCCUUUCUUAUGCCAUCUCCUCGCCCCCCACCCCCAAAUUAACAAACAAACGUACAUCCGCCGGCUGUUGCACUCCCUUGUCGGGCACGAAGAGCGGAAUAUGGACGCUUCUCUUCAUACGUAAAUUCCAACUGGCUCCACCCCUCCUCCAAAACUCUAACGUGAGCGUCGUUCUCAAAGACCAUGGGAGAAGGACCGCCAUCCGCCCAUGUUUCCUCUGCCAUCGAGGAAGCCCAGGGCUUCCCUCCCAAGAACCCGGCCCUCGCCGAUGCCGGCGCCGCCUUCGUGCUCGAGUCCAAAGGAACUUGGUGGCAUGCCGGCUUUCAUCUCACGACGGCCAUCGUCGGUCCGACAAUACUAACCCUGCCAUAUGCUUUAAGGGGUAUGGGAUGGAUCCUGGGGCUGGUGUCACUCACGACGGCGGCUGCGGUCACGUUCUAUGCGUAUCUUCUCAUGUCCAAGGUUCUUGAUCACUGCGAGAGGCAAGGCCGCCGGCAUAUUCGAUUCCGGGAACUCGCGUCCGAUGUCUUGGGAUCCGGAUGGAUGUUCUACUUUGUUGUGAGCGUGCAGGCAACCAUCAAUACUGGAGUUGGGAUUGGGUGCUUAUUGCUUGCAGGGGAAUGCCUCAAGAUCAUGUACUCGGAAGUUUAUCCCGAUGGCCACCUAAAACUUUAUCAUUUCAUCAUGAUGGUUACAGCAGUGCUAGUCCUCCUCUCUCAGAUGCCAUCUUUCCACUCUCUCCGGUAUAUCAACUUGGCCUCGCUUCUUUUAAGCUUGGGCUACACUUUGCUUGUGGUCAUUGGCUGCAUUCAUGCAGGUUACUCCGAUAAUGCCCCGCCAAAGGACUAUUCACUGGCAUCAUCGAAGUCUGAGCGAUCCUUCAAUGCCUUCACAUCCAUUUCAAUCUUGGCUUCUGUUCUCGGCAAUGGGAUAUUGCCAGAAAUUCAGGCUACAUUGGCACCUCCUGCCACUGGGAAGAUGGUGAAAGGGCUGAUACUAUGUUAUUCUGUCAUAUCUGUAACCUUCUACUCAGCAGCAGUGUCUGGAUACUGGGCAUUUGGGAACAAAGUUAGCUCCAAUGUCCUCAAGAGUCUAAUGCCAGACACUGGACCUUCUCUGGCUCCUACAGGGCUACUCGGACUUGCAGUUAUCUUUGCACUACUUCAAUUGCUUGCAAUUGGCUUGGUCUACUCCCAAGUAGCUUAUGAGAUUAUGGAGAAGAACUCAGCUGACACGAACGAAGGGAAGUUCUCCAAAAGGAAUCUUGUCCCCAGAUUAAUCCUACGAACCCUGUACAUGUCAUUUUGCGCAUUCAUGGCCGCAAUGCUUCCCUUCUUUGGUGACAUUGUCGGUGUCAUAGGUGCCAUCGGUUUUAUCCCCCUUGAUUUCAUACUCCCUAUGCUUCUAUACAACGUGGCUCUCAGACCUCCAAGACACUCAUUCAUCUACUGGUUCAACAUCACCAUCAUGGUCGUCUUCACUGGAGUCGGUAUCAUGGGUGCAUUUUCCUCCACAAGGAAGCUGGUUCUUGAUGCCAACCAAUUCAAGCUCUUCAGUAAUGAUGUGGUAGAUUAAUCCUGCUUUAGAGGCCUCAUAUUUGCAUGCCUGUCAACCUUUCGUGUUUAUGAUCUAUGUAGCAGUUGUAAACAAACUCUUGUUGGUAAACAUGUAGUUGCAUAGUUCUCUUA